UAAAAAACAUUUAAAAGCUUAGCCGCCGCUUUGUCAGCUGUAGCACUACAAAUAGUAGAGCAGGGAGGAGAAGUGAACGGCCAUAAUCAGGGAUCCAGUUUUUGACCGAAACAACGACUUCUAUAGCAUAUAAUCUUCGUCUGUCUUAUCCCAUAUAUCAUUCGCAUAUUUGUGGACUCCAUAAGGCAAGCUUUCUUUGGACAUUGAGGAGCGUUUCUUCAUCUGAUAUUGUUCCCUACGUUUGUGUGCUCCAUCAUAAGAACUGUUCGUGGUUGUCUAAUCUAGAAAUUUCUUUCUUCCACCCUAUUGAUACGCGUAGAAUGGGAAGUAACUGUGAAACAAAAUAUGCGGCUUACACCUACGAGAAUCUUGAGAGGGAGCCCUACUGGCCUUCGGAGAACCUCCGAAUUUCAAUUACUGGAGCUGGUGGAUUUAUUGCAUCACAUAUUGCCAGGCGUUUGAAGAGUGAGGGCCAUUACAUCAUAGCUUCUGACUGGAAGAAAAAUGAGCACAUGACAGAAGACAUGUUCUGUGAUGAAUUCCACCUCGUUGAUCUCAGGGUUAUGGACAACUGUCUUAAAGUCACUAAAGGAGUUGAUCAUGUCUUCAAUCUAGCAGCAGAUAUGGGAGGCAUGGGCUUCAUACAAUCCAACCACUCAGUCAUCAUGUAUAACAACACAAUGAUCAGUUUUAAUAUGAUUGAAGCCGCAAGGAUCAAUGGGGUCAGAAGGUUCUUUUAUGCAUCCAGUGCUUGCAUCUAUCCUGAAUUCAAACAAUUGGACACUAAUGUCAGCCUGAAAGAGUCUGAUGCUUGGCCAGCUGAGCCCCAAGACGCUUAUGGCUUAGAGAAGUUGGCAACUGAAGAAAUUUGUAAGCACUACAACAAGGACUUUGGAAUUGAGUGCCGGAUUGGAAGGUUCCAUAACAUUUAUGGUCCAUUUGGGACAUGGAAAGGUGGGAGGGAAAAAGCACCAGCUGCAUUUUGUAGGAAGGCCAUUACCUCCACUGACAAGUUUGAGAUGUGGGGAGAUGGGCUACAAACUCGAUCUUUUACCUUCAUUGAUGAAUGUGUUGAAGGUGUUUUGAGGUUGACGAAAUCAGAUUUCCGAGAGCCGGUAAAUAUUGGAAGUGAUGAGAUGGUGAGCAUGAAUGAGAUGGCUGCGAUGGUACUGAGUUUUGAGGAAAAGAAGCUUCCCAUCUAUCACAUUCCUGGGCCGGAGGGUGUUCGUGGUCGAAUCGACAACACUCUCAUUAAAGAAAAGCUUGGUUGGGCCCCUACUAUGAAAUUGAAGGAUGGGCUCAGAAUUACAUAUUUCUGGAUCAAGGAACAAAUUGAGAAAGAAAAAGCUCAGGGCACUGAUGUGGCCAUUUACGGGUCAUCAAAAGUGGUGGGAACACAAGCUCCUGUUGAACUGGGAUCUCUUCGCGCUGCUGAUGGCAAAGAAUGAAAUGAAUGAGAACCAGCUUGUUUUUCACAGUUUCAGUUUAACGCUGAUGCAACUUUUAGACAUUGUGCCACCAUAUUUCCCUCGAUUAAAUU